GGUGGAUCAUAUGAUGAAGAAGGCUAAGAAACUAAAUUGGGGUGUUGGGUAGAAGUUUCAGAAGAGUUUACAUAUCUUUCUUAAGUAACUUGGGAAGGCUAAUACGAAAAAGGCUAAAAGAUUGGCAGUUGGAAUAUUUGGUAUAAGAAUGUAGAUGAUAAUUAAAUUUCAAAGAUGUAAAAAUUAAUAUAAAAGAUUAAAAAUACUAAUUAAUAUUCUAAAGUGGUGGUGGAUCAUACGAUGAAAGAGGUACAGGGAUUAAAUCGGGUAAUUGGGUAGAAGUGUCAGAAGGGUUUUCAUAUAAUUCUUAAAUAACUAAGAGUGGUGAAUAUAAAAAUGGUAAAAAUUGUGGUAUUUGGUUGAUUAUGGAAAAAGAUAC